AUGCAUCGCGCCGCUCAACACAUCCGCCGCCAGUCGCUGUCCACGACCGUGGCCAGGGAGAGCAGCACCCUCAUGUCGGCUAGUGCGACCGAAGUCACCGCGCACGAUGCCUUCGAUCUGCCUUACCACACCGAUCCAUCGUCGCCGCUGGUCGGCUUCUCGCACACGAGGCGCCUGACGUCGAUGUCGAAGGCGGCCUCGCCACCGCCUCCGAUGCCCGCGGCGUUACUCUUCGACGGGCCGGCCCUGACGAAGCAGGGCAGGGCACCGUCCCGUCCUCACGCCACAUCGCUCGGUCCCGUACUCAAGUUUGACGGACCGUCGCGUUCGCGGCACGCCGGCGCUGAGCGUGUGAUUGUCGAGCCCACGCCUCCCCGCAUGGCACCGUCCCAGACGCUCCUUCCGGACUGGUGCAAGGCGAAGCUCGCCCAGCUCGAGGGCGCUCUCGAGUCGACGAUCACUGCGCCAGAGCUGGCCUCGGCAGUCUAA